CAACGCAUGCGCGUUCGAUUCUGCCCUCUACAUCAGCCGUGUUCAAUGGUAGAAAGCUUCGCAGCAUGGUGUGCGAUUUAUUUAGCUUCUUGUUGGCGUGUGAAUGGCCGCGGGUGCUAAGAAAGGAGAUAUAACGUUGUGUACAAAGACAAUUUAUUCGUCCGCUCAUAGCGACGAGAUGACUCGCGAGUUUGAUCGUGUCGCGUCGUAGAUAUUGAGCAGCUCUUGAAAGAUAUGUGAACUUUGCAAUUAAAAUGGCCCCCGCUCUGAUCGCAAGCAGCGUGUUGUUUGUCGCAUGCGUUUUAUGCUGCGGCAUUUUUUCUUGCAAUGGCUCGCCCAUUGUCUUGUUCGCCACUCACAAAGAUAUUAGAAUGGCAAACGUGUCGCGCAGCAACAAGUUUAAUAUCAUUGUCAAGGAUUUAUCGGAAGGCGCGGCGUUGGACUUCUACUAUGAACGUGGACUGAUCUGUUGGUCGGACAGUAAUAUGGAAAUGAUACACUGUGUCCAAUCCAACGGCACACACACUGGUGAGCGAAUGACCGUGGUAAAUUCCAGUCUAAUAUCGCCCGAUGGGCUCGCUUGCGACUGGUACACGGGCAAAUUGUAUUGGACGGACGGUGAGAAGAACCGGAUCGAGGUAACCAGCAUUGACGGCCGCCACAGGAAAGUGCUCUUCUGGACGGACAUUUAUCAACCGCGCGCGAUAGUUCUGGCGCCGAUGAAGAGGAUUUUUUUUUGGACUGAUUGGGGCGACGUGCCCAAGAUUGAGCGUGCUUCCAUGGAUGGCGAUCAAAGUUCGCGCGAGGUGAUCGUCUCCGAAGAUAUCUUCUGGCCGAACGGUCUUACAGUCGAUUAUGAAAACGAACUCAUUUAUUGGGCGGAUGGUAAACUGCGCUUCAUCGCCGUAAUGGAUUAUUACGGUCGGAACAGACGCACGCUGGUCAGCCAAGGCCUGGACUAUCCGUUCGCCGUCACAUUCUUCGAUAAUCGACUCUACUGGACAGAUUGGAAGACGUGGUGCAUCCAUUCGUACGAUAUGCGCCAAGCACAGCCGCAUCCACGCGAAUUGUUCCAUGGCGAAUACAUACCUGGGGACAUUAAAGUAUGGGAUGCAAGAAAACAGCCUUAUGGCGAUAACCCUUGCAGACGGAAUAACGGCAAUUGUUCUCACCUAUGUCUGCUCAGCGCAAAUGAGCGUGGGUAUAGUUGUGCCUGUCCUACGGGCGUCAAAUUGAUCGACAAUUACACGUGCGCGAAGGGACCCGAGGAAUUGUUGCUGAUCGUCCAGCGAACUGAGAUUUGCCGGAUAUCGCUGGACUCUCCCGAUUACACCAACUUUGUGCUGCCUCUCAACGGUGUUAAGCAUGCGAUCGCGAUCGAUUUUGAUCCGGUGGACGAGAUGCUGUACUGGACCGACGAGCAGGCGUAUGCCAUCAGGCGUGCCUCCUUGGACGGCUCAAAUCAGCAGGAUGUGAUUAAUACCGAGGUAUAUGAGGUAGCGAAUCCCGACGGCAUCGCCAUCGAUUGGAUUGCCCGUAAUCUGUACUGGACCGACACGGGUACGGACAGGAUCGAAGUGGCUCGUUUGAAUGGUACUAGUCGUCGGGUGGUGGUGAACGAGGAUCUGGUCGAGCCACGAGCGAUCGCGGUCGCGCCGGAAUACGGCUGGAUGUUUUGGACCGACUGGAACGAGAAGCGGCCAAAGAUCGAGCGGAGCAAUCUCGAUGGUAGUGGUCGAGUCCAGCUGAUCACGAAAGACAUCGUCUGGCCGAACGGCAUCGCCCUCGACCUGGAGCGCAGGAAGAUUUACUGGUGCGACGCCAAGACGGACAAAAUUGAAGUGUCGAACAUGGACGGCACCGAUCGGCGCGAGGUGAUUACAGAUAAUUUGCCGCAUCUGUUCGGUUUGACCCUGCUAGGAGACUAUCUGUACUGGACGGAUUGGCAACGACGCAGCAUCGAUCGGGCGCACAAGUUAACCGGCGGUGAUCGAGAAGUUAUCGUUGACCAGGUGCCGAACGUGAUGGGCGUGAAAGCCGUGCAUCUGGGCCGGCCAACCGCCAGCAAUUCGCCAUGUGGGAACAAUAACGGCAACUGCAGCCACCUUUGCUUCAACAGGCCUGGCAACAAGUAUGUGUGUUCCUGCCAAAUCGGUUACGAGCUGACCAAGGACACGCGUACGUGUAUCGUUCCGGACGCCUUCCUCCUGUUCACCAAGCGAGAGAACAUCGGUCGGAUCAGUAUCGAGAAUGCCAACACUGACAGCAUCAUACCUGUCACUGGUGUCAAGGAAGCUACUUCUCUGGAUUUUGAUAUAGCCGACAGUCGUAUCUAUUGGACGGACGUCAAACUGAAAGCCAUCUCGCGUGCCUUUAUUAAUGGCUCGGAUCUGGAGAGGCUGGUCGAUCUCGGCUUGGAGACGCCGGAGGGAAUCGCGCUUGAUUGGAUCGCGCACAAUCUGUACUGGACUGACACUAGUAUGCACAGGAUCGAGAUGAUUAGACUGGAGACUGGCAGUAGACGGGUCCUCGUCUGGCAGAAUCUAUAUGAACCCAAAUGCGUGGCACUAGCUCCCGAGCAAGGCUACAUAUACUGGACCGAGUGGGGCGGUACGGGCACCAUAGAGAGGGCCUUGCUGGACGGUACGCAGAGGCAGGUGGUGCUCGCGCACAUCGGCCGGGCAAACGGCCUGACCAUCGACUACAGCACCCAGAGAAUGUACUGGGCAGACCUAUCCACGCCCGGGAUUGACUCGUACGACUUCCUAACGCGACGGAGGAAUAUGAUCAUCUCACGCGAUGUCGUAUACCCGUUCAGCGUUACGCAGUACCGAGAUAACAUCUACUGGACUGACUGGAACACCGGGGACAUCGAACGAGCGAACAAGUUCACCGGGGCGAAUCGCACCAGGAUCCACAACAGGCUCGAGUCCGUGACGGACCUGCAUGUAUUCCACUCGUCACGGCAGACCGGCUGGAAUCCAUGCGCGGUCGCGAACGGCAACUGCAGUCAUCUGUGCGUCGCGCUACCGGGCCCGCACGCGAACAGCACGUCCACGUCGCACAGAUGCGCGUGUCCCACGCAUUACACCCUGGCCCGUGACAAUCGUACAUGCAUCGCACCUCGGCAUUUCAUGAUCUACAGCAUGCGCAACGCCAUGGCGCGUUACUUGCCAGACCAGGCGGACGACUGCGCGGACGUGGUGAUGCGAGUGCCCGGCCUGAAGAACGCACGGGCAAUCGAAUUCGAUCCGGUGACGCGGCAUGUUUACUGGAUCGACGGCCGUACCAUGUCGAUUCGCCGUGCCUUCGAAAACCGGACGCAGCAGCAGCAGCAACACAGCAGCACCGUAGUGGUGUCCACCGGCGGUUCCGGACACCCGUUCGACCUUGCGCUCGACCCGCUCGGCAGACUGCUCUUCUGGACGUGUACGGCAAACGAUGCCGUGAACGUCACUCGACUGGACAACGGUUCGGCCCUCGGUGUCGUGGUGAAGGGCGACGGUGAGAAGCCACGGAAUAUCGCUAUUCAUUCGCGACAACGGCUGCUCUUCUGGACGGACGUAGGCAGGAAGAUGCGGGUGAUGCGCAGCAAGAUGGACGGCAAAGAUCGCCAUGUGAUAGCUAGCGAGCUGCCGGAACCACUGAGCAGUAUAACCGUUGACACGACGACCAACACCGUUUACUGGGCGUACGGCAAGCACAUCGAGUGCUCCGAUUUCCUGGGCGGCAAUCGCAAGAUCCUGGUAGCCUCCGCCACGCAACAUGUCCCAGUAACGUAUCUGGUCGUUCUCUUCGAUUAUCUCUACUGGUACGAUCGCGACACACAGGUGCUUGAGCGGGUUAACAAGACUACCGGUGCGAGCGUGAAGCGAAGUGCGAUAAUGUCAACAAGUCGCGCGAUGAUGGACAUUAUCGCUGUCAACACGCCGAAAGACUCGGUCAUGGAAGCGCACGUGUGCAGUCCGUUCAAUGAUUACGGUGGCUGCUCGCACUUCUGCGUCGGCACUGAUGACGGCGUUUCGACAUCGCCACGCUGCUCGUGCCCGAGGACUCUAGUUCUAUCUGAUGACGGUCGCACUUGCCGCGCGGCUCCCGCUUGUGGAAGCGAUCACUUUACCUGCGCCGCGCCGAGCUCGGCCGUGGCCAAGGAUUGCAUACCGGUCACGUGGAAAUGCGACGGACAGAGCGACUGUCCUGACGGCAGCGACGAAUUGGGUUGUCCCGCGUGCGGCCGCGAUCAAUUCAAAUGUCAGAGCCACUGUAUCGAUAUGUCCUGGGUUUGCGAUGGAACGACGCAGUGUCCUGAUGGUUCGGACGAAGCACACUGCUGCCGAGCCGGACAGUUUCAGUGCAUCGGAAACGGCGUUUGCAUCUCUGGGACAGCGCUAUGUGACGGCUGGGACGAUUGCGCCGAUGGUAGCGACGAAUUACCACCGUCCUGUCCCGGGCCGCACGAUUCGCAUCGUCAGGACGCCGGGCCGAGGAUCGGCGGCGAAGCCGGCAAGAUGACUUACAUAAUCAUCAUUCUGGUAGCGGUGCUCGCAACCACCGUAUUCGUCUUGACUUAUUACUAUUGCCGCAGAAGAUUUGUCGGGAACGAGGGUCUACCCGAUAUACUGCACGACUCAGCCGGCGACCCUUUGUCGCCGAAACCCAACAACAAUCGUGUGCCGAAACCGAUGUUCGUAUCACAGAAGAACAAUAGGAAGGAUGGAGGGAGCGGCCUGAAGGCUGGCAUGGAAGCCGUAAGGAUGUCCAUGCUGAAUGGCAGCAGUCUCGGUUCGAGCUACGAUCGCAGUCAUAUUACAGGUGCAUCAAGCUCUACCAGAGGCAGCUCCGCGGGUGGAUAUCCUCAGGAAACGCUAAAUCCACCGCCAAGCCCAGCGACGAUUACCAGUUCGACGCAUUGUUCGAGCAGUAAUGCGUCGCGUUACAAGCCAUACCGGCAUUACAGGAGCAUCAAUCAACCACCACCGCCAACACCAUGCAGCACUGAUGUCUGCGACGAGUCCGACAGCAAUUAUCCAGCGCGUUAUCGCUAUGAGAGCGAGCCGUUUCCGCCACCGCCGACUCCGCGCUCCGUCUAUCAUAGCGAUGCCGCCAUCAGCUGUCCACCAUCACCUAGCUCCAGAUCAUCGACAUACUUUAGUCCCCUACCGCCACCACCGUCACCGGUACCCUGAAGAGAGUCCCGAGAAACAGGUAACAUGGCAGCCUUCCCACGAUUCAAUGUUUUUGCAUUUAUCGAUGAUUUAUUUCAUUGUUCUCUUCCACGUUACUUGACGGUGCCUUAAUCGUUUGCAAUCGUAGUCGCUAAAUUGAUCGUCAGGCGCAGAAGGCUCGAUUUCGGACCAUGCGAAAUGAUGAAAAACGUAAUGUUAGCUUGUUACAAUGACGUGAAAAAGGUACGACAGAAAACGUGCCGUUUUAGUUCUACGAUGAAACAACAAAUAGUUUUGUUGUUCAGGUAUUUUAGAAAGUAUUUUGAGAUAUAUUGAAUUUGUUCUACGGAUCUGUUGUAUAGAUUCAAUGUAUUAUAUUGUUUCACAGCGUGAAACAAUGAUACAUGGAAUAUUCUGAGCUAGGUUCUGUCGUAAGAAACAACAGGUCAUAGUUUUAUUACGAUUCGUCUUUUCGCGUCUGUUGGUCUUUGAUUCUGAAGUUGACUCGCAGAUAAUCGCGACAACGGCAAUAAUUCGUGCGAGGAAAUGUUUAUGGUUCGUUAAAUUUGUCUGAAUACUUUUACAACUCCUGCUCUGAUCCUCUGGCUAUUCAAUAUAACACGAAAUUAUACGUUUCAGCAUGAAAUCGCAUUAAGAAAAAAAUGAUUUUAGCGAUAUAUGAUUUUUUUCGAAUUUGUUAAUUUUAAAACGUAUUAAGAUUUCCAAGAAAUAUAAUUGGCAAUAUUGCAGUGCUGCAAUAUUACAAAUAAUUCAUAAUUAUUGCUCAAUAUUAUAUUAAUCUGUGAAAAACAAAGCAAUUUUAGUUCUGUUUCCGUUUGAUUACAAUAUUUCGUGUUAUAAUUAAAUAACCUUUAAAUUAAGCAGGAAAGCAACGAGUGGCAAGACUUUUAGACUGAUAAGAGAAAUAUUAUUCGCUAAGUUACCUAUAUGCAUAAUAAUGAUUAAUACCAUUAGUGCCUACACAAUUUACAUUUUGAUAGCUCGCAAUGUACAAACGAAAGAUAAUUUUAUUGCGAUGAAAUUUGUAAAUAUCUACUGUAGGCUAAUUAGAUUAAUUUCUAUAAAACUAAUAUGGAUAUCAGACUAUCAGUAUCAUAUAAAAUGUAAAAAAUGUACAUGACUAUAAGUUAAAACUGGGAAAGUGUUAGAGAAGCAUCUAUCUGAGCGGAUACCUUUUAUAUCCGCACAUACGUUAUUACACAAAACAUUUAUCUGCAGUCUACUUUAAUUGUGAUAUCAAAGUAUAUCGUAUUAUUAUAAUGUUAAUCUUUAAUAGUAUUAUAAAUUAUAUUAACUCAUUUAAUCUCGAUAAUGGCAGUUAACCAAAGGCUGCUUAUUUUAUAUACUUUAUUACUAAAUUUCUAACGCUUUACAUGUUUUUCUUUUUUACUCUUCUUAAUUAUAGAUCGUAAUGGUUUUUAAAAUAAGUAUUAUUUUUUUAAGAUGAGCAGUACUUGCCUUCUAGGAUACUGAUCCAAUUUACAUGUGUUUAACACUUCCUUUCGAUAAUUAUCAUAAUCUCUCGUGGACUGCACAACAAUUUGACAUAUCAUAUGCGUACGUAUGCCGCGCACACUCAUACAUAUGUAAAUUAGUUUGUAACAGGGCGCAUGGAGGAUCAAUGAUCAAUCAAAAGCUUUGCAAUAACCAGUACAUUUUUCAUGUAUGAUAUUUACAUUAGAAUUCAAACACACACACACACACACUGUAUGAUGUAUAUACCGUAUCAAUACACAAACGACGUAUCGUUAACAUUCGUUCCCAUAAA